GGGCACAAUCCAAUUCCUUCUUGAUCCUAUGCAACAUUGCAACCUUUGUAAAACAAAAACAAAACACGAAAUCACAUUGCCUUAUAAAUUGAGGUUGUACUUGUUCGUUCCUUUUCCCGCAUGAUUAGAAAUUCAAUUUCAAUUUCACUUCAAACUUGAUGAAAUUGAAGACUCAAAUCAUAUGAAGAAGAGUACACUCUCUAUUUUCCAAAACCCUAAACAAGAACACACUUUUUCUGCCAAUUGAAUAAGAUCAACAACAACAUGGUUCAUUCUAACCCAAUUAACGAUGACCCAUCAAUCAUUCAAUCGUUCUCAACCGAUGCACCUAAUGAUGUAGAGAAUGAUGUGAAGUUGAGUUCUAAGGACCAGAGAGAUGCUCUUCCAGGUGAGCCGAUGUGUAUUAUAUGUGGCCGCUAUGGUGAGUAUAUAUGUGAUGAAACUGAUGAUGAUGUUUGCAGUUUGGAAUGUAAACAAUCGGUACUAUGUCGAAUUUCCAAAUCCUCAUCUCAUGUUGGUGGUCUUCCGCCACCUAAAAAACUACCUGCAGCUGAUGAGUGCUUUUAUGUUAGCGAUACUAAUAACAAAUUAGGAAUGGCGUCUUUAGGAGGUGAUCAGAUUCAGGCUGAAUUGCUUCGAAAGAAACUUGACAUUCAUGUGAAGGGUGUUGUUUCGGCACCGGUUAUGUCGUUCACUUCAUGUAACCUCCCCGACAAACUCCUCCACAACAUAGAAGCAGCUGGAUAUGAGAUGCCUACGCCUGUCCAAAUGCAAGCAAUCCCUGCUGCUUCGAUGGGGAAGAACAUGAUUGUUUUGGCCGAUACAGGAUCCGGAAAGUCAGCUUCGUUUCUUAUUCCAAUAAUUUCUCGUUGUGUAAGUCAUCGUUUGACUUAUGUUUCAGAUAAGAAAAAGCCUUUAGCUAUGGUGUUAACACCUACGAGAGAGCUCAGUAUACAGGUUGAAGAGCACGCAAAAUUGCUUGGAAAAGGGUUGCCGUUUAAAACCGCACUUGUGGUUGGCGGCGAUGCAAUGGCUAGGCAACUCUACCGCAUUCAGCAAGGAGUCGAAUUGAUUGUUGGAACACCAGGAAGGCUCGUUGAUCUUUUAACGAAGCACGAGAUUGACUUAGAUGACAUAACAACUUUUGUUGUCGAUGAGGUGGACUGCAUGCUGCAAAGGGGUUUUCGAGAUCAGGUCUUACAGAUAUGCACGGCUUUGUCACAACCUCAGGUCUUAAUGUUUUCGGCAACAAUGUCCGAUGAUUUAGAGAAAAUGGCGAACUCUCUGGCAAAGGAUACAGUGGUGAUAACCGUUGGUGAACCUAACAGACCAAAUAAAGCCGUGAAGCAGCUAGCUAUUUGGGUCGAAUCGAAACAAAAGAAGCAGAAACUGUUUGACAUUUUAACAAGCCAGAAACAUUUUAAGCCACCUAUUGUAAUAUACGUCGGCUCGAGACUUGGGGCAGAUCUCCUGGCAAAUGCAAUUACAGUUUCAACAGGAAUUAAAUCUGUGUCAAUUCACGGCGAGAAGUCUAUGACAGUAAGGAGAGAAAUAAUGCAGUCAUUUAUGGUCGGAGAGUUCCCCGUGAUUGUGGCUACCGGAGUUUUGGGUAGAGGGGUUGAUCUAUUAGGCGUAAGACAAGUGAUUGUAUUCGACAUGCCGAAUUCCAUUAAGGAAUAUGUACAUCAAAUAGGAAGGGCUUCUAGAAUGGGAGAGGAAGGUCAAGCCAUAGUUUUUGUGAACGACGAGAAUAGGAAUGUUUUCGCAGAGUUAGUUGAUGUACUAAAGUCGGGUGCAGCGGCUAUACCUCGGGAGCUUAUGAAUUCACAGUAUACCACAAGAUUUUUCUCUGGUGGCAAAGGUUCAAAGAAGAGAAAGCACAAAUGAUGAAUUUCUGUUACUUGCUGACUUCUAGACUAAUUAUUUUUUUCUUUUGCCAACAUAGAAAAUGACACUAGAAAAUGCAUGUAUAUGAUGACACUUUUGAAAGAUGAAAGAUUUCUUCA